CUCCAUAACCGCUUCAUCUUCCUCAACCUUAUUCCAUUUCUAAUCUCUUGAAUUUAUUCACUUCCAUGGCUUCCGAUCUCUCCGUCAUCCUCCCUCGUGUCCUCAUCGUCUCUCGACGUACCGUUCGCAAGAACAAGUUCGUUGAUUUCGUCGGUGAAUAUCAUCUUGAUCUGAUAGUAAGCUACGGCGCCGUACCGGUUAUUGUUCCUCGUGUUAAUGGAGUUCAUAUGUUACUCGACAGUUUCGAGCCGAUCCAUGGAGUUCUUCUCUGCGAAGGAGAAGACAUUGAUCCGUCUUUAUACCAAGACGAAACUUCAAAUCUUUCGGCAGAAGAAUUGGAAGAAAUCAGAAGAAUGCACGCCAGCGAUACGGCGAUCGAUAGCGAGAAAGAUUCAAUCGAAUUACGGCUCGCGAAGCUUUGCUUGGAAAGGAAUAUUCCGUACUUAGGAAUCUGCAGAGGCUCUCAGGUUUUGAAUGUUGCUUGUGGAGGCACUCUCUAUCAGGAUAUAGAAAAUGAAGUUUCGAGAAAAUGUCAGGAGUUUCAAAGAGUGAAGCAUAUCGAUUAUGAUAAUUAUGAUGGGCAUAGACAUGUUAUUAAGGUGAUUCAGAAUAGUCCGUUACAGGAUUGGUUCAAAGAAUCUUUGGAUAAUAAAGAUCAAAAUAUGGAAAUCUUUGUAAAUAGCUAUCAUCAUCAAGGUGUCAAGAGAUUAGCUCAAAGAUUUGUUCCAAUGGCAUUUGCACCUGAUGGUUUAAUUGAAGGUUUUUAUGAUCCUGACGCUUAUAAUCCCGAGGAAGGCAAGUUUAUUAUGGGUCUUCAGUUCCAUCCGGAGCGAAUGAGGCAUCCUGAGACCGACGAAUUCGAUUAUCCGGGUUGCCCGAAAGCUUAUCAGGAAUUUGUGAAGGCUGUGGUUGCCUAUCAAAAGAAGCUUAACAGUACAAAUGCUGUGGCAAAGCCUGUAAGGCUAAAUCAAGAAAUGGAGAAGAAAAGGAAAGUUAUAUUAAGGAGUUUCUCUCUUGCCAGAGACUUGUAUACUAAUGGCCAAGACAUGCACCCGUCAGAACAGUCAGAAUUGGAAGCUGGAGCUGAAUUUCUAGAGUCAAACACAGCAUUGAGUUUACAACAAGAAAAUAGGCUAAAACAGAUGGGAGCAACAAUAAGAAAUGGAAGUUCAUACAUAGAGAAGCUAAAGUUGAAUGAAGAAAGAGAAAUAUUAGCAAGAAAUGUGAUGGGGAAAAUGUCAGCUGAGCAGUUGUCCGAUCUUUUAUCAUUCUACCGUAUGAUGGGUCAGAUUUGCUCCGAAGUCUUGGAAAGAAAGCUUAAUGGAAUUGUCAAUGACACUACAGCAGCUUCUUGAUAAAGAUUUGCCUUUCAUUUUCAUCACAAGAGUCAUCACUUGAGAUUAUUGCUAUCUUUAUUUUUCUUUUCACGUGAUGUAUAUGAUGCAAUUGUGCAAUCUUUAGUCCUUAUUAUUGCUAUGUGCAAAAUUUGCAAAAGGCUCGUAAUUUUGAGCUUUAAAAUGGAUUACUUGAGUAUUAUUUAAUUAUGACGAGUCCAAUUUUUUAUUGUA